CGUGCAACCUGACGUUUGUUCACGCGUGUCAUUCUUGGCGUGUUUCCUCCCGCAGGUUACAUGUGCACAUGUUGAACGGACCUCUUCUGGCCCUUGUGUUCCCCGUACUCAACACCAGGCUGCUGCCCUUUGAAACGGAGGUAUAUUAUAUCCAGCAUGUCCUCAUGUAUGUUGUUCCGUUUUACCUGCUCAACAGAGGCGGUGUAUACAAGCCGGAGCCUUUGGGAGACUUCAAGUGGGCAGUGUUGGCUACAGGACUGCUGUUUCUCUACCACUACACCAUCCUUCAGGCCCUGGCCCUGGUGACGAUGGUGAACCUGAACAGCAUGCUGUGCCCGGCUGUGUCCGACCCCUUCCACGGACCCUUCUACCGGAUGUGGGCGUCCCUGCACCAGACGGCCCUGCUGAUGGUCCACGGGAAGCUGCUGACUCUCCUCUCCCUCGCCCUGCCCACCCUGGCCCGGGGCCUCAGACACGGGCGCAAGCUGGAGUGAGCGAGUGGGAGUGUGCUGGCAAACGCCAGCCAGUGGACAGAGGGCGAGAGGGGGAGAGAGAGAGAGAGAGAGAGAGACGCCCUCGCGGGUGGAAGGGGACGCAGCCAGAGCUGUGGACGGCACUUCUCUUCCGUCCCCGUCCCCCCCGCUCGCCCACGGUGACCACACGGCCCCUUCGCUACGGAGCCACAAUGUGUGUGGGGCACCAGCAACGCAGCACUCUCUCACACGCAGGAGAGAGAACAGAGGUACAGGCACACCCCCCACACACACACACACACACACACACACACGCACACACACACGCACACACUGUCUCACGCACACUGUCUCUCACACACACACACACUGCUUCACACACUCACUGUCACACACACACACACACACACACAC